AUGUUACCCGUAACAGACAGUUUAGAAGUCUCUAUAAAUACUUUGGAGAAUCUGUCAAAAGAGCUAAUCCACGCCGAUUACAAUAAAAAUAACAUAGGCUCUGUUACUAAGGAUAGUAUUAAUAGAAAAGAAUUAGCAACUAUG